AUGUCCCGGAGAGAGACAAGAGUAGAACGUGCUGUGUGUCCACCACCUCCACCCAGCAAGUGCGCUAAGGUGCUGUAUUACACAUGGAAGCUAUGUUCUGUGGUGUUUUCGCACUUUGUAAUGAUUAGUUUGGUGAUAGCUUACUGUAUUCUUGGAGCUGUGACUUUUGAAAAACUAGAGGCGCAGAAUGAAAGAGAGGAUUUUGAAAACGCUAUUCUCUUAGAGAUGAAAGUUCGUGGUUGGGAUGGAAACGAGAGCACAGAACAGAUACAAUGGACCUUCACUGGAGCACUCUUUUAUUCGAUUAUUGUUAUUACUACUAUAGAUACAUCUUAUAAUGACAUUACUAAAAGGUUUCUGGAAUCAAAAGAAAGGAAAUGUUCAUGA